AUGCCCAGAUGCGACUCAAUAGAGGAUGUCAUCAGGAACUUCGGCGACCUUCAAGAACUUGCUGCCGAAAUGGACUCUUUCCGCGAACUCGCGAUAAGCGUAGAGAGCCGGAGAAGUGAGCUUCUGUCUGAGUACCCGGACCAGUGGAUUGCGGUCUCCCGGGAUGGCGUCGUUGCCACGGCCGACACCAGGAUCGAACUGUUCGACCUGCUGAGCGAGAAGCGGAUUCGUCCAAAGGACGUAUAUCACGACUUCCUCGAUACCACGCCUCGGACAUUACUGCUGUGA